CAUGCGAGUAAAAACCCUCUGGUCACACCAUGCUCUGCUUUUCCGGGCUUCUGCCCAAAAAUAAUAUAUAAUAAUAAAACCGCUCCACAAAAGAGAAGGACGUUAAAGAAGCAACCGAGGAGCUGCACUGCCUUUUUCCCGCCGCAGAAGUGUCCAGACCAGAAGAUCCGUCCACAUCGUUUUAGCUGUGAGCUCUAGAAAUCCGAAAUGACGGAGAAGGUGACUAAACUGGCGCUGGCCAGUCGCCUUAUCGUCCUUCUGGUACAACUGGUCGCCAACGGAGCCUUGCCAGAGCAUAGGCCGGAUGUGUUCCGGAUGCCGGUCUCGGUGGAGCAGAAUUCCUCCUGGAUAGACAAGAUGGUUAAGCGCUGCUUGGGCGGAUUAAGGCACUGGGAUGGAGAAUACUUUCUGCAUAUAGCCGGGAACCUGUACAGCUACGAGAACACGUUGGCCUUCUAUCCACUGUAUCCGGUUGUCGUGCGUCACGUGGCACAGGCCGUGGAGGCACUCGGGAUCUCCUUAUCCCAGGAAUCUAUCCUGCUGGUGGUGGCUGUCGUCCUAAACCUCUGGCUCUUCUGCGAGUCGGCCAAUCUGCUGUUUCAGCUAACACAAGUAUUGUUCAACGACCUAAACAAGAGCUGGAAUGCGGCCUUGAUAUACUGCUUUAAUCCGGCAACAAUUUUCUUCACCGCCGCCUACUCAGAGUCCUUCUUCGCCUACUCCAGCCUUCAUUUGAUGCUGGAGUGCGUGAAGCCGACGGGUAGCUUCCGAUACCUGCGUUUAGGAAUCGCUUUAGCCGCCUGUUUAGUGUGCCGUUCAAAUGGAUUAAUCACCUUGGGAUACCCGCUCUACUUCUUCGCACGCCAACUGCUACUUAAGAACAAGGAGUCAAACUCCUGCUUGCAGCUGACACAAAUGACGCUCACAAUACUUGGAGCCAUUGGGAUUCUGCACACCUACUAUUUUUACAUAUACAGGCUUUACUGCCUGCCAUCCACAACUACGAACCACCCGCAGCAUGUUGUGGACUACGCAGAGGAGCGGAAGUACCUAUUAUCAGGUCAGGGCUCUGAAGGAUCUCCCUGGUGCCAGUACACGUUGCCGUUCCCCUACACUUACGUGCAAUCGCACUACUGGGAUGUAGGCUUUCUACGAUAUUACAAGUGGAAGCAGCUACCCAACUUUUUGCUGGCCCUGCCCAUGCUGAGUUUUAUGCACUGGCACUGCUACGAUUACAUACGGCACUUGGUCAAAGCGGUCUGGGCAAAACUAACGCCCUCUGGCUACAAGGAGCUGCUACGGGACCACACCACAUUCCCUUUCGUGCUGCACGCUGCGUUGCUCACCCUCGUCUGCACCGUUUACGUGCACAUCCAAGUGUCCACCCGCCUCUUGGCCUCGGCCACACCUGUUUUCUACUGGUUUGCCGCGGAUCACAUGCCCAAGACACUGGCCCAACUAAAGCUGCGUUCAAAGGCAGGAGCUCUCUUUGUAUGGUGCACCUCUUAUAGCUUGGUGGGCACGGUGCUGUUCAGUAACAAUUACCCAUGGACGUGAGCUCGAUAUAUUAUUAAAUUAGGAGGAGCAAAUGAACUCGCUGGUUGCCAAAGAGACUGUUCAUCCGCAUGGAUUUCUUUUUUAGUGUGUAAAUAAUCGUCCAAGUUCUCAAAAUUUAAUUGGUAAUGUUGAGGCGCUCAAAA